AUGUCAAGCGACCUCGUUAGGAUAACCGAGACUUGGUUGAGUGAAGCGAUCACUGAUGCAGAAAUCGCACUACCUGGGAUGUCAAUUCUACGCAACGAUCGACCAAGUAGAGGAGGUGGAGUAGUACUUUAUUAUCGCAGCGAACUACACAUCGAUCUCAUCGAUGACCCAGAGGUUCAGAUUGUCGAUGCGCUUUGGUGUCGUCUUCAACUUAGCCGUGGGGACGCAUGUUUGUUGGGUGUGGUGUAUCGCCCUCCGUCGGCUACUUUGGAAAUGGACAACCGCCUAGCCUCCACAAUGAAGACCAUUCUCUCGCAGUCGUACAGCCACAUUCUCCUGGUUGGCGACUUCAAUAUUCAUACCAUAGAAACCCCAGCCUGUAUCAACGAACACUUCAAAAUGGAAGUACAGGAGAUAAUCAGUGGGCUACCACUCUACAAUCACAUCACAUCUCCCACAAGAUUCAGGACGGGAAACAAACCGGGUGUCCUGGAUCUCGUAUUCACCAAUGAAGAGCUUAUGAUCGAAACGGUAUCGAUAGAGAGUCCUUUAGGCCGUAGCGACCAUGCAACCCUCAUGUUCAAGUACAUCUGUUAUGCAGAGUAUUCCUCAGAAAACACCGAGGAAUGCCAGCUCAUUACGGAUUACGGCGCUCUAGUCAAACUUAUAAAUGCUACAAACUGGGCAUUUCUAGCAGAACGAUCCCCCGAUAUCGCCUAG